GAAGACGCCUUGGCAGCCCUUGGAAAGCCAGAGCCCGGCUGGGGGCUUCCUUUCUCUCUUUUCCCCUCCCUUUUCCCCCUCCUCUUCUUCUUUCUGCUUCUCUGUUUUUUGGGAUGCUGGGGCUCUACUUCUUGUUGUUGUUCCUGGUUGGAAAGUUUCCCCCCUUUUUGAUUCCCUCGCCUUUUGGGAACCCCUGAAAGGUAAAGAAAGAGGAGCAGGCUUCCUUCUUCUUCCUUCAGAGAAGAGGCAGAAGGAGAAAGAGAAAGAGGGGAUUGGAAGAGGAGGUCGGGAGAAGGGUAACCCCUGCCUUGGUGAAGAGAAAUACAUCAACAUGGAAAUAAUCAAGCCCGGUUUAUAGGGAAAGAGAGAGGCUGCUGAAGUGACACCCUCCUUCUUUCCUUCUCAGUGCCUCCUCAGAAGUGAGGAAAGGUCUCCUCUUUUGGGAGGAGGACCCUGGGCUCCCUUUUGGGCUUCUUCUUUUCUGCUUGCGAAGAGGAUUGUUCCAUCGCUUUUUGGCGCCUGGAAGGAACCCGGGUGGGAUUAGAAACCAAGACCUUUGGAGGAAGGCAAGGCAAGGAGAAGAAGGAGGAGGACUUCAAGGCUUGGGUUGGGCUCCUUGGGGGAAAGAAGGACCUCGGGGAGGAGAGCUUCAGGAAAUCCUGGAGGAUAACAUUUCAAAAUACAGAAUUAUGCUUUUUGGGGCUCUCUUGACACACAUCCCAGCUUGAAUGAAGAAGACAGAAAUUACUUUGCUAGACGUAAGAAAGAACUGGAGCUGGAAGCCCAGGCUGUGAGACUGCCUUUCUUCAUUGUAUCAAUGGAUUCUGGUUCUAGAGGAAAAACAAGAAGAGCCCAAAAAACAAACAUACACUGAGACACAGGACGAAGUACAUGAAAAGUAUGAAUGUCUCAUUUUAUACUGGGUUUGUUUUGGGCAGCUGGAAUGUGGUGGCAUGAAAGAGUCCAUCAUCCAUGACACGCUGGGAUUAUCAUGAUUGCAUACUCCAUUUUGAUUUUAACCAGUGGCCAAGAGCAGUGCAUGGUUGACAGGAAAGACUGGACCUUUAAAGACAGCAUAACAGGCCUGUGACAGAGAAUUAGACAACAUCAGUGGAGUCAUGCUUCACACAGCCAUAUCAUGCUGGCAGCCAUUUCUAGGUCUGGCUGUGCUGCUAAUUUUCAUGGGCUCCACCAUAGGCUGCCCAGCCCGCUGUGAAUGCUCAGCACAGAACAAGUCUGUCAGCUGUCAUCGGAGACGCCUGAUUGCCAUCCCCGAGGGCAUCCCCAUUGAGACUAAAAUCCUGGAUCUUAGCAAGAACAGGCUGAAAAGUGUCAACCCGGAGGAGUUCACAGCUUUCCCGCUGCUCGAGGAGAUAGAUCUGAGUGACAAUAUUGUUGCCAAUGUUGAGCCUGGAGCCUUUAAUAAUCUGUUUAAUUUACGCUCCUUGAGACUGAAAGGGAACCGUCUGAAGCUGGUCCCUUUGGGGGUUUUCACCGGGUUGUCAAAUCUCACAAAGCUAGAUAUCAGUGAGAACAAGAUUGUCAUUCUGCUGGACUACAUGUUCCAGGAUCUGCACAACCUCAAGUCUCUUGAGGUUGGGGAUAAUGAUCUGGUUUACAUCUCUCACAGGGCCUUCAGUGGACUGCUUAGCCUGGAGCAGCUCAGCCUAGAAAAAUGCAACCUCACAGCUGUACCAACAGAAGCCCUUUCCCACCUUCACAACCUCAUCAGCCUACAUCUGAGACAUCUCAACAUUAACCAUUUGCCUCCAUAUGCCUUUAAGAAAUUGUUCCACCUAAAAAAUCUAGAAAUAGACUACUGGCCUAUGCUGGAUUUGAUUCCUGCCAAUGGCCUGUAUGGCUUGAACCUCACAUAUCUCUCCAUCACCAAUACUAACCUGUCCACCAUACCUUAUGCUGCUCUCAAGCACCUGGUUUACCUGACCCACCUGAAUCUCUCCUAUAACCCCAUCAGCACCAUUGAAUCAGGCAUGCUCUCAGAUGUGUUGCGCCUGCGGGAGCUUCAUAUUGUUGGGGCUCAGUUGCGUACUAUCGAACCCCAUGCUUUCCAAGGACUGCGGUUCCUUCGUGUGCUUAAUGUGUCUCAAAACCUGUUGGAAACUAUUGAAGAGAAUGUGUUCCAUUCCACCAAAGCCCUGGAGGUCCUCUCCAUAAGCAACAACCCUCUCUCUUGUGACUGUCGCUUGCUUUGGAUAUUACAAAGGCAGCCCACACUGCAGUUUGGUGGCCAGCAACCUAUGUGUGCUGGCCCAGAUAGUGUCAAAGAGAGGCCCUUCAAAGACUUCCACAGCACUGCCCUUUCUUUCUAUUUCACUUGCAAGAAGCCCAGGAUACGUGAGAAGAAGCUGCAAUACUUGGUGGUAGAAGAAGGGCAGACAGUACAACUCCUGUGCAGUGCUGAUGGUGACCCUCAGCCAACCAUUGCCUGGCUGACCCCACGACGGAGGCUGGUCACCACAAAAUCUAACGGAAGAGCUACUGUGCUGGGAGAUGGCACAUUGGAGAUCCGGUUUGCUCAAGACCAAGACAGUGGGCUCUAUGUUUGUGUUGCCAGCAAUGCUGCUGGGAACGACACCACAUCAGCCACCCUCACUGUCAAAGGGUUUGCCUCAGAUCGUUUCCUUUAUGCUAACAGGACUCCUAUGUACAUGACGGAUUCCAAUGACACCAGUUCCAAUGGGACCAAUGUCAAUACAUUUUCCUUGGACCUGAAGACAAUACUGGUGUCAACAGCCAUGGGCUGUUUUACAUUCCUUGGGGUGGUUUUAUUUUGUUUCUUACUACUUUUUGUGUGGAGCCGAGGGAAAGGCAAGCAUAAAGCCAGCAUUGACCUAGAGUAUGUCCCCCGUAAAAACAAUGGCGCAGUAGUGGAAGGGGAGGUCCCUGGACCACGCAGGUUCAAUAUGAAAAUGAUUUGAUGGUUGUGCUGCUAGCAUUUAUUUAUUUAUUUAUUUAUUUCCUCUCCUGUGGCAUUCUAACCGGUUGAAGAUGCUUGGCAUGUAGGAAUUGCCAGGCUGAAGGCAGCUUCACUUGGGCUGUCACGAUGUCAAAGUGGUACACAGAAACCAGAAAGACUAUCUGAGGUUGUACAUUGAAGCCUCUGUUUUGAGGCUGUGUGUGUGUUAGGGCUUUUUGCAGAGUUGGCAUACAGUACUAAUUGUUUGCAUUGCAAAUUUUUUGGCAUUCUGGGGAUCUCAGUAACAAACCGUCGGCUCAUGCUCACAGACAAUUGUUCAAAACAUUUUCUACCACUACAAAAAAAAAAAAGGAAAAAAACCCUACAGUGUAGGAUUUCAUACUAAAAGCAAGAGAGAGAGACAUUUGUCUACAACAUACUCUGCAAUGAAAUUUGUAUCUAUAGUUCUCAUUUGCUAAAGCCUCGCAUCAUACAUAACCUUCUAGUUGGUUCAACAUCACAAAGUUAAUGUGUUACUGUUUUUUUAAAAAUAUAUAUAUACAUAUUUACUGUGUACAUUUUAAAGCAAUACAAAUGAGCAGUUUUGUUCCUUCUGUAGUAACUGGCCCAAGUGUGAUGUAACUCUUCCCAUAAGUACAGCCAAAUUCCAAAUCAGACCUCUGUAGCCACCAAUGAGUGAUGCUGUCUGGUAGCUAAUCUAAAGUCGAGAGAGAAACUGUUUAGGCAGGCCGAAUUUGCAGUGUCCUGUUGUACUUCUCUUCAUGUAAAGAAAAGGCAUGUGCCUAAUUUUGAUAUAGAAUGGAAUAUUUUUUUUAAAUAUCUGAGAUCAUGAUGGACCAGAUUACUGUAAAAGAGUAUGAUGUCCAACUUCCUAGUCAUUGUUCGCAUGACAACUGGUAAAUCACACUUGGAUGACAGUCUCUUGUCCUCUUUGCUCCACCCCUCUGUUUUAAUUUCUAGUCAUUGUUAAAAUGUUAAUGUGUACUAGGAGGAAGAACCAGGGAAAUAUGUUCUGCCAUAUGCCUAGGGAAAGGCUAUCAGCUUUUUAUUUAUAGAAGCAAAUGAAAACAUACAGAAGCUUGGCUGACAGUAGACUCCUCCCUGAUGCCAAUAACCCAGAGUUAGCCAUGCAUAAUAGGAGGAGAUGCCACUCAACAAGACCUUCCACACUUGAUAGCUUCCAAAAGGCCAAAGUACUGCCAAACUACAAGCCAUUAUCAGUUUGGUAUUUACAGGCAAUGCAGGCUGGUCCACAUAAUCCUUUGUUGCAGGUUUUUCCUCGUAAAAAUGAUCCCUGGCAACAUGAUCCUACAGAGCAAAAAAAAAAGCCUAGAGAUGCCAUUACAAAUUUCAGUAAUGUGAGAGAGCAAAAAUGUUUUAGGAGGAAAGUACAACUUCUGCAAAAGUCUGAAAGACUGACUGACCAGUUCAGCCAGCAUGUUGAGAGAGUAUUUCUUGUGGUGGUUUUGGUUAUACCUCCAAAAAAAAAUCUGUAUCACAGUUGUAUAACCAAGGACAAAAAUAGCACUUUUUGAGAGCAGGAAGUUAUAUUACGUAUCUAGUUUACACCCCCCCCCUUUCAUUGUUUCUGAGUAGUAGUAGAAAUCCAUUAAUGUGUAGAUGUUCUUGAGAAAUCAUCAUGCUUGGUCUAAAAAUGGAUUCAUGGAAGAUGACUGCCAAAGUCAUCUUGGAAUUGCAACGCCUGGCAGGGUGGGAGUUGUACUAUGCAAACUGGAUAUGCUGUGUACUGGGAAAGGGUGUUUUGAUCACAGGGCCUCUAAAGAACUGCAGACACUUUGGAAACCAGUGUGAAGCAUGUGCUACAGUUUCAUGGUAUAUUCUCUUUGUAAUCACAGACCUGAGGUGAUUCGUGUAAAGAAUAUAGUGGAGUGAGAAGGGAAUCACUGUGUGAGAUGGCUCAUAGAAAGAUAAAACUUAAAAUCUUUAAACAUUCCUUUGGUUACUGUUAUAAUUUCGUAUUUACUUUCUUGACAUUUUAGUACUUAUAUUACCUUGCCUUUUCCAAGCAUGAACAUGGAUACUUCCUGAGGGCAGAAUGGCUAGGAAUAAUAUGAUUAGCAAAACUGCAUGUUUUGACAUUUAUUUAUGUUGUGUGUUUUUUCUCUCAAGAUCAUGCAAAAAAAAAGGGGGGGUUGUAUCACAAUGCCAGUGAGGCAUAAUGCUGGUAUGAAGAAACAGACCCAUUAGCCUGAAUCCUGUUGUUUGUCCCAACUUGAGUAGACCCACUGGAACAAUGAGAUUUAGCUGUGUGUUGACAAACGCAAUUCUGGAUUUAUAAGGUAAUGUGAAAAAACUUGUUUCAAUUGCGUUAUUCAGGUCAUUCUAGUUGUGCUCAUGUAGUUGCAUGAUUUCAGCGCAAUAUCACCUCAGUGCUGUAAUCUCCUCACUGUUUAACAAUUGAUACCGUGGAUUUACUCUAGAUAAGGCUAACCAAUAGGAUUCAGGCCAAUAUGAUCUGAUGGUGGUUGGCUAUCCCAACAUUGUAGCUGACGAGGCCCUAUAUGUUUGUUUCUUCAGAUCUUAACUGAUAUUCAUAGGGUCAUUUUUAAAUGAUCCUCAGGAACUAUAAAGAUCAAUAAUCAUUGAGUGAGCAACUCCUUUUCUUUGUAUGUGUGUGCAUAUAGAGUUUGGAACAUUAGCUUUAAAAUAAUAAUCCAUUUUGUUAAUUCUUUGUGGUCUCCAGAAAUUAAGUUGUUAUUGUUGCCAUUAGUAAUAAUGAUCUUUAUUUUGUUCUAUUGAUCAUGAUGUUUAUUAUUAUUUUAAAUAAAACACACAGGUGAUCUGAAAAACAGAACUCCUAUUCCAUGCAAACUUUUUAGGGCUACAAACCAGAAUGGAUUUCACUCCAAAUGUUAAAUGGCACCUUAUCUCUGGUCUCUAACCACUGAUUGGAAAGAGGAGCAGAAGAAGUAAUGAGUCCAAGCUUACCAUUCUCUAUGCCUAAAGCUGAACAAGUGCGGCCCUCCAAGGGAGAAUAGCUAACCUCCAAUAGGAAAGGAAGAAGAAGAAAAAUGGGCCUCCUUAAGUUGAAAGCAAACUGUGAAGUAAUUUGUUUGAAAAAUCCCAUUAAUUAGUGCAAGACAUUAUGCUUAACACAUCAUUUCCAUGCUUCAUGCUAAUGUGAUGUCUAAUCAAUAACAUUUUUUCAGAGACUUGUAUGAGUUUUAAAACAUUUCUGUCAAAUACAUGUAUCAAGAUUCUACAAUUGACCUUUCAUUUAAUAUAAAGAACAGUCAUGUUGCUUAUGGUUGAGAUACCAAAGCAGU